ACUCUUUUCUUUUUGUCUUAAUUUUUUGUUCAAAAAACAGGGAAAGGGACGAUCAUAAAGGUCAGCCUCCGAGUCCCUGUAUUUUUGUUUUCUCUUCCAUUUCAAACCCUCUCUCUCUCAUCAGGUACUCGUCCAAGCUUCUACCAUCGCCUGCUUUUUUUUGGGGGUAAUCGUUAAUUUUCUUGCAGAUAGCAUCAUUUUUUCCCUGGCCUGAGAACUGAUAAGGUUUAAGAUACGGGGUUAUCAGUUAAGGUCUGAGAAAAAUAAUUGUUGGGGGGGGAAUUUCUAUUUUUCCGAGGUUUUAAUGAUGGAAGGGCAGCUUGUGGGCACCGAGAUUCAUGGCUUCCAUACAUUGCAAGAUUUGGAUGUUCAGAAUAUUAUGGAAGAAGCCAAAGCAAGGUGGCUCCGCCCAAAUGAAAUUCAUGCAAUACUCUGCAAUUACAAGUAUUUCACAAUCAAUGUCAAGCCACUGAACUUGCCCCAAAGUGGCACUAUUCAAUUGUUUGACCGUAAGAUGCUUAGGAACUUCCGGAAGGAUGGUCAUAAUUGGAAGAAGAAAAAGGAUGGGAAGACUGUCAAAGAAGCUCAUGAACACUUAAAAGUUGGUAAUGAAGAAAGGAUCCAUGUAUACUAUGCACAUGGUCAAGAUAACCCAACCUUUGUUCGCAGGUGUUACUGGCUUCUUGACAAGAGCCUAGAGCACAUAGUCCUUGUUCAUUAUCGUGAAACACAGGAGUUGCAGGGAUCUCCAGCAACACCUGUCAAUUCAAAUUCUAGUAGUGGCUCUGACCCAUCUGCUCCUGGGCUUUCAUCAGAAGAACACGACUCUGGUUCUAAUCAUACAUAUAGUGCUGGCAAGAAAGAACUCUUAGGGCCUGGUGACAAUUUAACUGUACAUAAUCAUGAACUGAGGAUUCACGAGAUUAAUACUCUCGAAUGGGAUGAGCUUCUGCUGACAAAUGAUUCUAACACCUCAACUGCACCUAAAGGAGAUAAAGUUUCAAGCUUUGAUCGGUCAAAUCAAAUUGGAGUAAAUGGCUCUUUACAUGAUGGAGUGAACAGUUUUUCAGCUGAAGUUUCUUCUCUCGGUAAUUUGACAGAGACGGUUGCUAGGAGCAAUAACAUUCAUUCAAAUUUCCCAGACAGCGUUCAUAUCCAGGCACUGGAUGGUCAAGUGAACACAAACAAGCCCAGAAGGGAUUCAAUCACCCUGGGCACCAAUAAUUCCCUAGACAUUUUGGUCAAUGAUGGGCUGCAAAGCCAUGAUAGUUUUGGAAGGUGGAUGAACCAAAUCAUGGCUGACUCACCAGGUUCAUUGGAGAGUGUAGUGCUUGACUCGUCAAUUUCCUCAUGUCAAGAGUCAUUUGUCUCUUCUGUGAUGGAUCAUCAUGAAUCUUCCGUUCCAGAGCAAAUAUUUACCAUAACGGAUGCCUCACCAUCAUGGGCGUUUUCCUCAGAGAAAACAAAGAUCCUAGUCACUGGAUUCAUUCAUGAAGAGUACCUACAUCUUCUGAAGUCUAGUCUCAUUUGUGUUUGUGGCGAUGCCUGUUAUCCUGUAGAAAUGGUUCAGGCUGGGGUUUAUCGCUGCUUUGUGCUACCGCAUUCUCCUGGACUAGUAAACCUUUUCAUGAGUUUUGAUGGUCACAAACCCAUCAGCCAAGUCUUGAAUUUUGAGUAUCGUGCUCCUGUGAAUUACCCAAUAGUUUCCUCAGAAGAGAAUUACAAGUGGGAAGAGCUCCAAGUUCAGCUUCGACUUGCAUAUCUGCUCUUCUCUACAUCUAAGAGCCUUAGUAUCCUGUCCAAUAAAGUAUCACCAAAUGCCCUGAAGGAGGCUAAAAAGUUUGCCUCCAAAACCUCCAAUAUAUCUCUUGGUUGGACCCAUUUUAUCAAGUCAAUUGAAGACAACAAACCUCCAUUUCCACAAGCCAAAGACGUGCUGUUCGAACUCACUUUAAGAAACAGACUGAGGGAGUGGCUGCUAGAAAGAGUUGCUGAAGGCUCCAAAACCACUGAAUAUGAUGUCCAAGGUCAAGCUGUAAUACAUUUAUGUGCUAUCCUUGAAUAUACAUGGGCUAUUUAUUUAUUUUCAUGGUCAGGCUUAUCAUUGGAUUUUCGUGAUAAACAUGGAUGGACAGCUCUUCAUUGGGCAGCAUAUUAUGGAAGGGAGAAAAUGGUUGCCGUCCUUUUAGCUGCUGGUGCAAAGCCAAACUUGGUCACAGACCCUACCCCAGAAAACCCUGGUGGACGCACUGCUGCCGAUCUUGCAUCUUUGAAUGGGUACGAUGGCUUAGCAGCUUAUCUUUCAGAAAAGGCCUUGGUUGAACAGUUCAAUGAUAUGAGCAUAGCUGGAAAUGUCAGUGGUUCCCUUGAUACUACCUCAACUGAUACAGUAAACAUGGAAAACCUGACUGAGGAUCAGCUGUACCUAAAAGAUUCAUUGGCUGCUUAUCGGACAGCUGCUGAAGCUGCUGCGCGAAUACAGUCUGCAUUCAGGGAGCACUCUCUAAAACUAUGGACCCAAGAAGUUGAGCUUUCCGUUCCAGAGGCUGAAGCACGCGGUAUAGUUGCAGCAAUGAAGAUUCAACAUGCCUUUCGCAAGUACGAGUCACGAAAAAAGAUAGCAGCUGCUGCCCGUAUCCAACAUAGGUUCCGAACAUGGAAAAUUCGCAAAGAAUUCCUUAACCUGCGUCGUAAUACUAUCAAAAUUCAAGCUGUUUUCCGUGGCUAUCAAGUGCGGAGGCAAUACCAUAAAAUUCUUUGGUCAGUUGGGGUGCUUGAGAAAGCAAUUCUACGAUGGCGUUUGAAGAGAAAAGGUUUUCGUGGUCUUCAUGUUGAUCCAAUUGAAGCCGAUUCAUGUCAGAAGCAGGAAAGUGUUACAGAGGAGGACUUCUAUCGAACUAGCCGGAAGCAAGCUGAAGAUCGUGUUGAUAGAUCUGUUGUAAGGGUUCAGGCUAUGUUUCGUUCAAAGAAAGCACAAGAAGAAUAUCGGAGGAUGAAGUUAACCCAUAACCAAGCAAGGUUGGAAUAUGAAGGGCUUCUUGACCCUGAUACGUACAUGAAGUAGGUCCGGAGGCAGGUUCUGCAGAAAUAGGUUUAAGCAGGGUUCUGGGGACUCUGGCUGUUGAUGGUGCGCAUAGCAAGUGAUAAUAAAUCCAAAAAGAGUGGUUCUUUGCUCUUGUACUCUGUAAAUGUUGUAAAUGCCUAGAUUAAGGACAGUUUGCACUUUUGACCCUUUGCAAGGGUUUUAAGAUUGAGGGGGUCAUGGAUUCAGUCUUCUCGUGGGGGUCCUUAACUUCUCUUUUUGCUUUUGAUCACUCCUGUUAGUGCGCUUUUGGACACAAGAUCUAGUAAUCACCUGUGUUUUGGAUAUCUA